GAGAGAUAGGGUUUGGCGAAUGUUCUUCCCUGACUGGUGGGGUAGUGGCACAGUCUAUAAAGCUGGUUUGGGGGGUAGCAUAGGAAUCUCAGGAAAGGGUGGUAGCACCUCUCCAAUCGGGGUUCAGCAGGGUGACUGGAAGGAGGAGUGGUAGCUGGGCGAAAGGGGUUGGCGGCGCGGUGAAGACGGAAGGGAGGCUACCCGGAGCCGGGAGAAGAAAGGGGGGCGUAUCCUGGGAGAAGGGCCCAGGACCAAGCGGGAUUCGGGGGCUACCUGGGCGACUCCCGUUAUGGGAUGAGUUAUGUAGGCAACAUAGAAGUUUGGGGUGAUUCAUGAACAGAGAGUACCACAGGAGGUGGUUGGCUAACAUACUGGAAGUGGGUGCAAGGAGCCAGACCGAGUGGUCUGCGAAGCUGUGCUCCAUUGCCUCCUAAGUCACCCAGUGCAAGUCCCCACACUUCUCGGUAUUUCAGUUUCUUCAUCUGUAAAUGGGAGUAGUAAUCAUACAGGACACACAAGAUUGCUGCGCUGCUUGAGUUAAAUGAGUUGCUGCCACCCUGGCCAUGGGGCGCCACACUGUCCUGCUCCUGCUCCUGGCUUUCCUGAUGCUUCGGGAGGUCAUCCCCGUACCGCUGGCCCUGAGGGCCCUCAGCACUCUGCACAGGUCAGCCAGCUUCACAUCCCGCCCCGCUGUACCCACGAAGUACACGGUUCACUACCUCCAACAGAAGGUUGAUCAUUUUGGAUUUACUACAGAUAAAACUUUUAAACAGCGGUACUUACUAGCUGAUGAACACUGGAAGAAAGAUGAUGGAUCAAUACUUUUCUACACUGGUAAUGAAGGGGACAUUGUCUGGUUUUGCAAUAAUACGGGGUUCAUGUGGGAUGUGGCUGAGGAACUGAAAGCUAUGUUGGUGUUUGCUGAACAUCGAUACUAUGGAGAAUCCCUACCUUUUGGUAACAAUUCAUUCAAGGAUUCCAGAUACUUGAAUUAUCUGACAUCAGAACAAGCUCUGGCAGAUUUUGCAGUGUUAAUCAAAUACUUGAAAAGAACAAUCCCAGGAGCUAAAAAUCAACCUGUCAUUGCCCUAGGGGGCUCUUAUGGUGGCAUGCUUGCAGCCUGGUUCAGGAUGAAAUACCCUCAUAUGGUGGUUGGAGCUCUUGCAGCCUCUGCCCCCAUCUGGCAUUUUGGUAAUCUGGUACCUUGUGGUGUAUUUAUGAAGAUCGUAACUGAAGAUUUUAGGAAAAGUGGCCCAAAUUGUUCAGAGACCAUCCACAAUUCCUGGGGUGCUAUUACUCGACUCGCAAGAACAGGCAGUGGCUUGCAUUGGCUUUCUGAAGCCCUUCACUUAUGUACCCCAUUAAGAAAUUCGCAGGAUGUUCAGCAUUUGAAAGGCUGGAUCUCUGAAACCUGGAUAAAUCUGGCAAUGGUGGACUACCCUUACGAGUCUAACUUUUUACAGCCUUUGCCUGCUUGGCCUAUCAAGGUAGUGUGCAAGUAUUUGAACAAUCCCAGUUUAUCUGAUGCACAGCUGCUGCAGAAUAUUUUCCAAGCUCUGAAUAUAUAUUACAAUUACUCAGGCCAGGCGAGAUGCCUGAAUAUAUCAGAGACAACAACUAGCAAUCUGGGAACCCAGGGUUGGAGCUAUCAGGCUUGCACAGAAAUGGUCAUGCCUUUUUGUACUAAUGGUAUCGAUGACAUGUUUGAGCCUCGCUCAUGGAACUUUAGGGAAUAUUCUGAUGACUGUUUUAAACAGUGGGGUGUGAGACCAAGGCCCGCCUGGAUCACUACUGUGUAUGGAGGCAGAAACAUCAGUUCACACAGCAACAUUGUUUUUAGCAAUGGUGAACUAGACCCCUGGUCAGGAGGUGGAGUAACCAAGGAUAUCACAGACACCUUGGUUGCGAUCACCAUCCCAGAAGGGGCCCAUCAUCUAGAUCUUCGAGCCAGAAAUGCCUUUGACCCCACGACCGUGCUAUUAGCCCGCUCCUUGGAAGUUAGACACAUGAAGCAAUGGAUCAGAGAUUUCUAUGCCAGUCAGAGAAAGAAGCACUGAGAAAUUUUGAUCACUUUCAGUUUCUUUUCUGUUCAUUCUACCCACGUUCCCAUUCACUUUGGUUUUCUACAUGUAAUUGCUUUGGUUUGUCAUUAGAUUUGAUGAGGCAAAGGUUGAGAUAGAAGAGAGGGUGAUGAUGGUGAUAGCAGCCAUCCCACACCCUGAAUCGUCGCCCUCUUCACACCACCCCUGGGAAGAAUCUCUUUGUGACAGCUUUCCUACACCAUCAGUGGCCCUCAUAACUGGAGCAGAGUUCCUGACUGCCUUUCACAAGAGGGAGGGUCACUUCCUUUGUUUCUCUGCAAGCAGAGCUUCCUCUUGGGUUUGAGGGUAAAGUCUCUUUGGUCCGUUUGUCACUCCCUAGCCCUUCCCUCAAAAAAGAACAGCAGAAGAUAGACAAAAAUGAUGUAAUUGCAGCUGGUAGGAAGGAUGUCUGAUGCCAAUCCAGGAAAUGGAAGCCAUUUCUUUUGUACUUGAUUUAAUGAUUUUGACUGUGCUGUAAAUAAAGAAUAAGGCUGGACCUUA